CAGAGCUGGGCAGGGCACAGGCGAGAGAACGAGAGAAAAGCAGCACAGCCUGGAGAGGCUGAAGUUGGGAAAAAAGUAUCCAGGGGAGAAGCAGACGUGAGAAAGAUAGCCUUACAGCGGGGAACAUUAUCACACUCGCUGCUUGGGCAAUCAGAGUCACUGCGGAGGGGAAUUAUGGCCUCUUUGGUGAUCCGAACAAUCUAUAUUUUCUGCAUCCUGUCAGCGGUCAUGAACAAUGCUUUCUCUCAACAGUUAGAAACAGUUCACAUGGUAUGUGCACGUGGCUUCUUUCUGAGUGAACAGGGAACCUGUUUGCCAUGUAACUGUAAAGGUCAUGCUGAUAGCUGCGAGGACAUCACAGGGAUAUGUAUUGACUGUCAUGACCACACUGUUGGGGAUUUCUGUGACCAAUGUGAAGAAAGCUAUUUACGUUUGUUUCUUCCUGACAACACGUUUGAGUGUAGACCAUGUGCCUGCCCACUCUCACUAGAGUCUAACAAUUUUGCAGACCACUGUGAUAAGAGAGGUGAUUUUUUGAGAUGUAUAUGUCAGGAGGGCUAUGCAGGACAUUACUGCGAGAGAUGUGCUCCAGGUUACUAUGGCAACCCCAUGCAGGUGGGCAACAACUGUAAAAAAUGUGAUUGCAAUGGUAACUCUGACCCCAAUCUGAUCUUCAACGAGUGCAACAAUGUGACGGGCCGGUGUCUGAACUGUUGGGCUAACACUGCUGGUGACAACUGCGAAAGAUGUGCACCAGGCUUUUAUGGCGAUGCAAUCAGUGCCAAGGACUGUGGAGAGUGCCAGUGCAAUAAGUGCGGUACUGCAUCAUGUGAUGACAGGACAGGUGUCUGCCACUGUAAACCUGGAGUUACUGGUUACCUGUGUGACAGAUGUGAGGAGGGUUACUCUGGAUUUGGCAGCUGUAUGGGUUGCCGUCGGUGUGAAUGUGCCUCUGCUGCCUUACGUGCCACUUGCCACCCUCUCACACACAGCUGCCAGUGUCGCCCAGGGGCCGGAGGCCGAUAUUGUGAGCGCUGCCUGUCUGGAUUCUGGGAUUACAGCCCAUCUGGCUGCAAGAAAUGUGAUUGUCCAGAGGAGAAUUGUGACAUGCACACAGGAGAGUGUCUGCCAGAAGCAUCAAAAAUCAGCGAGUGUAAUAUUGACUGUGACGCCUGUAUCUGGAAUCUGAUCGGAGAUAUGCGUCAGUCCAACAAAACCCUGGAUCAUGUUAGGAACAGCGUGUUGAAUAUUUCUACAGGAGCUGCUGCCAAUGACAGAUUGAAAUACUACAACUACACUGCACACAGACUACAGGCUCAGUUUGUAGGUUGGAGGAAUACAUCUGCAGUGAUGAGAGUUGAUACCGGGCAGGUGGAGGAUAAAACACAUGAGAUGCUAACUGACAUGGAGAAACUUGGUAGAGAGGAAGAAACUGUGAAGUUAUUGGGAGAGCGUGUGGAUCAAGGGACACUUGAAAGCUCUACUCUAGCCAAGACGCUCAGUUCUAACCUCUCAUCUCUUAACAUCCUCUUAGAGGACAUGAUCAGGGAUUGGGAGUUGUACAGUGUCCAUCAGGAGUUAGAUCCAGAGGUACAGAGGCAGAAAACGAUAGAGGCUGAACGGAUCUUGGGUUGGAUGAGAAAUCUAAACAUUUCACCUAAAGAACCACUCGCUAUUGAUGAGUCCAAAGAGGCCAGUGAAUUGCUUCGCCGUGUGCGUCAACUGGAGAAAACGUUAAUGACAACACAUGGCCGCCUGUCACCUGUGCGGGAGGUGUUGGGUCGAUUCACUUCAAGACUCUUCCAAGCUCAGGAUCUCCUCAACAAGGCUGAUGAUGAUCUGAUGCUGACACUACUUAAAUACAGUAACAAUCAGCUUCAACUACAGAGGAGACAGGCACAGCAGCAGCGUUUUAAAGACACUUAUGAAGCAGUUAAUCAAACUAUUGCUACUGCUGAAGAAGUCAUCUCUGAGGCAAACUUGACCGUGAAUGAGGUGGACGAUAUAGUGACGCAUGUGAGAGGACAGCAUGCUGAAAUAGAUGGGGCCAGGGUGUUGUUGGAGAGAAAGACAGAUGAACUGUCCCAGUCAGACAGAGAUCUAGUGCUGAACGCUGAGAAGCAUGUGGAUGAACUACAGCGACAUGCUGAAGAACUUCAGUAUAAUCUAAAGGGAAGUGAUGCAAAUGGACAUGUGCAAAAAGCCCUGAGCGCCUUGAAAGUGUAUGACAAUAUCGUCAAAUACAUUGAUGAUGCCAACAUCACUGCACUGACAACGCUCAACAUUUCCAGCAGGACUCAUGAAGCUGUCGAUGAAUUGAAAUCUCAAUUGACCUUCAUGCACCCUCAGAGUGACAGUGUGUUUAAAGAGGCUUCAUCCUUACGCUCUGAACAGAUAGAAGUUGAAUCUACCGUCCUCGACAAUAAGAAAUACAUAGAAGAGACUAAUGAUAUGAUGGAGAGCUCCACUAAAAAACUAGGGAGGAUCAUUGAUGACAUCAAUGCAAUUCAGAAAGAUCGAACUCCAAAGCGUCUACAGUUUACUCAGGAGGUGGCUGAGGAAACUCUAAACCGCUCAGCUGUAGUAUUGGACCUUUUUAAACCGAUUUCAGAUAAAGUAAUGAAGUGGAACGACAAUAUGAAGAAUGAGGUGUACUCCGCCACAGCUUUUGACGACAGUGUUCUGUCUGCAGAAAAUGCGGUGAAAGACUUCACAAAGAUUGUUCCCGAACUACUCCAAAAGCUGCAUGUGGUUGAAGAGAAAAGACCUGUAAAUAACGUCUCCUCAAAUAUAUUGAAAAUUCGAGAACUUAUCGCUCAAGCACGCAACGUGGCCAAAAAGGUGCAAGUGUCCAUGAAGUUUGAUGGACAGUCUGCUGUGGAGCUUCAUCCCCAGACCAAUGUAGAUGAGCUGAAAACUGUCACAUCUAUCAGUUUCUACAUCAGAGUGGAUCCAGACAAAGACCCCAUUGAGGACCGCUUUCUACUCUACUUGGGAGACAAGCAAGGACAAAAGGACUACAUGGGACUAGCCAUAAAGAAUGAUAAUCUAGUGUACAUGUACAAGCUUGGAGGAGAUGAUGUAGAGAUUCCACUCAGCUCAAAGCCAGUCAGCUCCUGGCCUCCUGUCUUCAACCAUGUUAAAGUGGAGAGGUUGGGCCGCCAUGGCAAAGUGUUCCUUACGGUUCCAAGUCAAGAUACCACAGCAGAGCAGAAGUUUAUCCAGAAAGGAACGGCAGAUGGGACAGACUCCCUGUUUGACCUUGACCCCAAAGACACUGUCUUUGUCGUGGGAGGAGUGCCCCCUUAUGUUCAGCUUCCUCCGGCUUUGAGCUUGGCUCCUUUUGUUGGCUGCAUAGAAUUAGAAACGUUGAACAGUGAUGUCAUCAGCUUGUACAACUUUAAGGAACUUCACAAAAUGAAUGUUGUGGCAUCUGUGCCUUGUCCCAGGCACAGGUUGGCUUUCUCUCAGAGUCGUGUGGCAAGUUAUUUGUUUGAUGGCACUGGUUUCGCUUUAGUCAACAACAUCGAGAGAAGAGGCAAAAUUGGCAUUGUCACUCGAUUUAAUAUAGAAGUGCGAACUGUAGCCAACAAUGGCAUUCUCUUCCUUAUGGUCAAUGGGGCUAAUUUCUUUGUGUUGGAGUUGAAAAAUGGAUUUCUCCGUCUGAUGUACGACUUUGGCUUUACCAAUGGCCCUGUCAUCAUGGAAGAUAAUUUAGGCAAACUUCAGAUCAACAAUGCCAGAUAUCACGAGGUGUCUGUAAUUUAUCAUCAUUCUAAGAAGAUCUUUCUACUAGUGGACAAAAGCAAUGUGAAGUCCGUGGAAAAUGAGAAAAAAACUUUACCAUUCUCUGAUAUCUAUAUCGGAGGAGCUCCUUCAAGCAUUCUGCUUUCUAGGCCAGAGCUGUCAUCCCUGACGGGGUUGAAGGGAUGUGUGAAGGGCUUCCAGUUUCAGAAAAAGGACUUCAACCUCCUUGAGGAGCCGGGAACCAUCGGCAUCAGCAGUGGAUGCCCAGAAGAAUCAUUUAUGUCCCGUAAAGCAUAUUUCAAAGGUGAAGGCUACCUGGGGUCUACAGAUAAAAUCUCACCGUUCCAAUCCUUUGAGGGAGGACUAAACUUCAGAACACUACAGUCCAGUGGACUCCUCUUCUACCACAAGGAUGGGAAAGAUGAGUUUUCUCUCUCACUGGAGAAUGGAGCUGUGGUGCUCCAGUCUAAAGGAACCAGAGUCAGAUCAAAUAAGAAGAAUUACAAUGAUGGACGACCACAUUUUCUAGUUGCCACGGUGACCAAUCUGAAGUAUGAACUGGUUAUCGAUGAUAAAGACAAGCUGGAUAAGAAGAAGCCAGCCUCCUCAUCUGAGACAGAUAAUACUGAAAACACCUUCUACUAUGGAGGUUCUCCAAAAAGUCCCAUACAGAAUUUUACUGGCUGUAUCAGUUAUGCAUACAUUAGCAGGCAAGACAGAGAUAUAGAGCCAGAGGACUUUCAGCGUUACAUUGAGAACGUGCAGGUGUCAUUACAGGACUGCCCGGUGGAGAUAACCCCUGCUGCUAUGCUCACUAAAGAGAGCAGGGACUCUUCUAGACAUAGACCAGGGCAUUCCCGCAAGGUUGGCAGGGAUGAGUCUAGUCUGCUACAUGGCUUGCUGAGCAAGCCCUUGGAUGCUCCAGAGACAGAGCAUGCCUCCUGUUACCUGUCCUCCCACCCACCAGUAAACAACAAUGGUCACCACUAUGGUGGUUCCGCUCACAGCCGUCACGAGUAUACAGGCGUUGCCAAACUUAUUGGAGAUCAAUCUCAUUUUUCUCUAUCGCUAAAGACGCAAUCGGCCUUUGGUCUCAUCUUCUACUUGGCUGAUGAGUCUGAGGAGAACUUCAUGGCUCUGUUCCUUACACAUGGCAAGCUGGUGUUCACUUUCAGCACAGGCCAAAUCCAUGUCAAAAUUAGAACCAAAGAGAAAUACAGCGAUGGAAAGUGGCAUGAUAUUAUCUUCAUCAGAGGAGGUAAUAUGGGCAGACUGAUAAUUGAUGGUCUGACGGUAAUAGAGGACAGUGCUCCAGGUGGAAAUACAUCACUGCAUGUUCAAGAGCCUCUUUACAUAGGUGGGGUCCCGCCUGAAAGAGCUCUGAAAAAUGUUCAGAAGACAUCUGUUUCUAGCUUCUCUGGCUGUGUACGGAGUCUCCAGCUAAAUGGCCGCAUGCUCAUCACUGCAUCCCACAGUUUUGGGGUCACACCCUGUUAUGAGGGCCCAUCUGAGCCAGGGACAUACUUCACUGAUGAGGGAGGAUAUGUACUUCUGGAUGACUCCUUUCAUUUUGGUCGAAGAUUUGAGCUGAUGAUGGAUGUGCGCCCUCGCAUGGCUACAGGGGUGCUACUGCACUUGUUCGCCGGAGAGCAGGAAUAUCUCACCAUGUACAUCUAUCAAGGCCAGGUGCAUGUUGUGGUGAGUAAUGGUAUUCGCGAAUUUUCCACAUACACGUCUCCUAGGCAGGGAAUCUGUGAUGGAAACUGGCACAAGGUCACAGUGAUAAAAGAUGCUAAUGUGGUGCAACUAGACGUGGACUCAGAAGUGAAUCAUGUUAUUGGCCCUGUCAAUGAAGCACCACAGGAUACUCUUUCACCAGUUUUUAUUGGUGGAGCCCCAGACUCCAUGAUGCCUCACAACCUUCUUGGCAGGAGGGGCUACACAGGCUGCAUAAGAAACCUGUCUGUAAAUGAGUCUCCUGUGAGCUUCAGUAAGGCAGCCCUGGUCAGUGGUGCCGUAGGUGUGGGCACCUGCCCUGCUUCCUGAGCGACUGCGAUUCUGGGACCCCACGCCAAAAGAACACUUUAAUAAAGAACAAAGUAGUAGGCUAAUUCUAAUGUAUUUCUAACAAAUACCUAUUCAACAACAUUUAAUGCUAUUUUAUCACAAUGCAACAUUUAACUACCAUUGUACUGCAAACCUGAGCACUGCAAUCACUAUUUGACACCAAAAUGUCUUAAGUUUUUUUAAUUACUAAAAAUAAGAACUGUAAGGUCCAGUUUCAUCAAAUUCUUAAAGGACCAGUCAGUAAAAUCUAGGGGCAUCUAACGCUGAGGUUGCGAAUUGCAACCAACAGCUCACUCCACUCCUCCCUUUCGAAGCACUACAGAGGCUGACAUCACAUAGCAAAUUACAUGAAGGGACCCACAGUGUACGUAGAUAGAAAAUUACACACUGGUCCUUUAAGACUUUUAAACAAAAUUGCUAUGUCAAAGUAUUACCAAACCAAUAAGAGAGUCUAUCAUAGGCCAAAUUUUGUACUUCACUUGACUUACCACUGCUUUAUCUGAAAACUUGCUGAUUUCUGUAAUAUUGUGUCUUUAAUAAAGCUAAUGUUUUCUAA